AUGUCGCAAUACGAAAACACUCCUUCUCGUCGACCGGAUAUAAAACGAAAGCUCGUGGUGGUGGGUGAUGGAGGAUGUGGGAAGACAUGUCUAUUGACAGUCUACGCGGAGAAUAGGUUCCCAGAGGAAUACGUACCGACAGUAUUCGAAAAUAUGGUAACCAUGCUUCCCUCCCCAUUGGACCCAAGUAAAAUCAUCGAGCUGGCUUUAUGGGAUACUGCAGGUCAAGAAGAUUUCGAUCGACUUCGUCCUUUGAGUUAUAACGAUACGGAUGUUAUUUUGAUUGUUUUCGCUUGUAAUCAUCGACCAAGUUUAUUGAAUGUUCAAGAUAAAUGGCAUCCCGAAAUGGCACAUUUUUGCGAAACAGUACCAACCUUACUCAUCUGUACGAAAACAGAUCUUCGAAACGAUCCCUCUACCAUUUCCCUAAUGGCAGCUCAAGGUUCUAAACCCAUUACUUCAUUAGAAGGUGAACGCGUAGCGAAAGAAAUAGGUGCGAGAAGGUAUCUUGAAUGUAGUGCGAAAGAAGGAUGGGGAGUUAGAGAAGUUUUUGAUGCUGCCGUUAGAGAAAGUUUAAGACGACGUAAAGGUGGUUUGAAAAAACGUUGUGUUAUUUUAUGA